AGGCGGAUCUCCGAAGCACCAAUCCGCGGUGUUCCUCCGGGCGUUUAAAGAGCUCUUUGUGUCAAUCACCCGUUUUUUUUUUCAUCGCCAUAUUGGGCGCCGAAAAGCCUCGCCUUGUUAUUUCUCUUCCCCUUUUUUUUUACUACGAGCGCAGUUGAUAGGUGUGGCCAUCACGAACGCUGCUUUUGUUUUGAUGCUCGUCGCCCGUCCGUGUUUUUCGCACAUGUGGCGCACCCGGGGUGAGUCUGCCUUCACGCCCGUCGCUUUGGAUCACGUCAACGCAGGAGGGAACGCUCUGUAACAGCGGUCGGGUUUGUGUUUCAGUCCUCGAACGCCUUAAAAUGUCAAAUGUUCGCUUAUCUAACGGCAGCCCGACGCUGGAACGGAUGGAAGCGCGACUGUCGGAUCAGCCCAAGCCGUCGGCGUGUCGGAACCUGUUCGGUCCGGUGGAUCAUGAAGAGUUAAAGAAGGAUUUCCAGCGGCAGCUGAAGGCGAUGGAGGACGCGUCGGCGGACGCGUGGAACUUCGACUUCUCCACGCACACGCCGCGCGCCGGCGGCAGAUACCAGUGGGACGCGCUGGACAUCCGCUCGGUGCCCGGUUUCUACAGCAGAUCGGUGCGGGCGAAGGGCUCCGAUCUCCACAUGUGCUCCUCUGGGAAUAAUAACGACAUUAACGUGGAUGUUAACGGCAAUCACGACUGUCGGGUAACGGAGCAGAGCGCGGAGACGCCCGAAAAAGACCGAGAACAGAGGAAAAGAAGCUCUUGUGUCGACUCGUCGUGUCAAAGCAAACGCUCACACAUCUGUGUGGAUGAAGUAACGCGGACGCCGAGAAAACCCAAAAAACCCAGAAAACACCCCAGUCCUACUCUAACAUAAACCCAGAGAGGGCUGAAGCUGAUGCUGUGGCUUUGAUGACCUCAGUGCUCGCUGAACGAAAGAUGGAUCAAACAUAUCAACUCUAAGAGUGUGUUCAAGCACUGAAACAAACGCUAACGUUCUAGCACUCAAGAAUAAAGCCGUGGAUGUAGCAGUGUGCAAUUAGGUGGAUCUCCUUUUGUGCUCGUUUUUGGUUUUCUUACUACCUGUGUAUAGAAACAUAUAUAUAUAUUUUUUCCUUUUCAUAUGUAGCACAUAAUUAGUAAUAUGUUGGAAAAAAUCUAUUUUUUUUUCUUUUCUUUUCUCUUUUUUUUUUUAUUUGGAGGUGUGAGUUUGGUUUGACUUGAAGAGCCACCGUUGCAGAGUAGGUUUUUAUUUUUUUGGCAAUGCUGUUCAUGUUUAUUUCACAUUUUGAAGGUCUGUUUUUGAACAAAUAUAUCUAUAUUUUCUUUUCCACAUGAGGUACACAGAAUGGAUCCAGUUGGAUCUGAACAUCUCAGCCUCUUUUCUUGGUUUUGUUUUAAAGGUGAUGUAAAAGUGUGUAUAGCAUGGACCAGUAUUAACAGUUUCAGGCACUUCUGUGGAGGAGAAACGUCUCUCACUCUUAAAUUAUUUCUUCGUAAGAUGUUUCUUGAUCAUCUGUAAGUUGCGUGACGUUUUCUACUGAUUUCUUUUUUCGUUUCACUUUUGUUUGACUCAUCAGUCUUGAUUUUGCCUUGUUUUCUUCGCUCCUGCAAGCGUAUGCAUCUGAAACACUCGACAUAUCGAUUCUGUGGUGAAACCUGAUGCAGAACUGUAUUUAUAAAGUAAAUAUUAAUAUUUGAUUUACACUGCCUGUGUAUUUGUGUAAACUUUGAGAUGUACCUUUGUACAUAACUUUGUAAAAAACACUGAGAAAAUUAACUAACUUAUUUAUGACAAGGUUUCUUUUUUUGGGGGGGUUAAAAUGUGUUUUUGGUCAAGGUUUGAGUCGUUAUCUUUGUAAAUGCUUUUUUUUUUUUGGUAGUUUCUUUUUUCUAAAUUUGUAAAAUAUUUUAACAAGUCGUAAAAGGUUGCAAACUGAGCCUGAUUAAAAUAUUUGAUAACUGCUUCUUUUUUUGUCAUGUGUGGUUAUACAUUGUGCUGCAAUCAAUUAAGAAAUAAUUAAAUUAUUCCAACCCACA